AUGAGAGAUCAUCAUGUGGUGGAAAGCAGAGAAUGGCAAGUGGCAGCCUAUUGCCCGGAAGGUGUUCCGACACCAGAACAUCUGAAGCUCCGAAGCUUUCAAGUAUCACUGGGUGGAGAUUCUAUCCCCGAAGGCCACGUGGCAAUUGAGCUGAUGUUUCUGUCAGUGGAGCCGUACCUGCGCGCCACCUUCACUGGAACAAACGAUGGCCUUUUCUUCCCCCAGCUUCCGCUUAACCAGGUGAUGAAAACGUUCGGGAUAGGAAGGGUGAUAGGAUCAAAGGACAGUGAUUACAAGGAGGGAGACAUAGUUCUGAAUCCAUCUUCUCCGAUCGCCGAGUAUUGCGUCACGUCGUCUCAUCUCCUUCGGAAAAUUGAUCUCUCCAACGGGAUUGCAUUGCCAGACUAUCUCACUUCUCUAGGAGUACCGGGGUUUGCGGCGUGGGUGGGUGUGGAGGUGGUGGGACAGCCAAAGGCAGGAUCCAAUGUGUUCGUAUCAGCAGCCUGCAGUGCCGUCGGAACCUGCGCCGGCCAAUUGGCUAAGCUCCGAGGCUGUCGGGUCAUCGGAAGCACCGGCUCUGAUCAUAAGGUGAAGCUCAUCAAGGAGGAAUUUGGCUACGAUGAUGGAUUCAAUUACCGUAAGGAAUCGGAUUUUGAUGCUGCCUUGAGCAAGUACUGUCCUGAUGGUAUUGAUUUUUACUUUGACAACGUUGGUGGUGAGAUGCUUGAAGCCGUUCUCAACCACGUGAACAAGCACGCCAAAAUAUCACUCUGCGGGAUGAUUUCCGAAUAUAAUAAGGUUUGGACAGAAAGAAGGGGCAUAAGGAAUCUAUUGAAUAUGGUGGGGAAGGAGGUGAAGAUGGAGGGUUUUGUGCUGGAUUCAUAUUGGGAAUGUUUUGGAGAAUUCGCUAAACAAAUGGAGGAUUACAUGAAGCAAGGCAAGAUCAAAACAAAGAUCCAAAUCAAUCACGGAAUCGAGAGCUUCUUGGACAGCUUGGCUUCCUUAUUCUCAAGCUCUAAUGUCGGAAAAGUGAUCAUUCAACUCAACACAUAG